AUGUCUCGUCAAGUUUCAGCAGUUCCUACUCCAAUCAAAGUUGCUAAGCAAGACACAAAUCGUCGCUCAGCAAAUUUUCAUCCUAGCAUUUGGGGGGAUCAUUUCCUCUCUUAUGCUAGUAACUCUGUUGAAAGUGAUGAUACGAAAAAGCUGCAAGAACUGACGGAAGAAAUUAAAAAAAAGCUAUUUGCUUAAGUGAAUAGGCCGGCAGAGAAACUUGGGUUGAUUGAUGCAAUCCAGAGGUUAGGUGUGUCCUACCAUUUUGAGACCGAGAUUGAUGAACUGUUAGACCAAAUCUAUCAGCUUCACCAGGACAGUGAUUCCAGAGAUGACAAGGACGACUUAUAUUUCAACUCUCUUGAAUUUCGAUUACUUAGACAACGUGGUUAUAGAAUUUCCUGUGAUGUAUUCAGCAAGUUCAAGGACAGCAAUGGGAACUUCAAGGCGUCUCUUGUGGGAAACAUUCGACGAGUGUUAAGCUUAUAUGAAGCUACACAUUUGAGGGUGCACGGAGAAACUAUACUAGAUGAAGCGCUUGUUUUCACUACCACUCACCUUGAGCCCAUUGCAACCGAACUUAGCACUCCACUUGCAGCUCAAGUUAAGCAUGCCUUAAAUCAACCUCUUCGCAAGGGCUUACCAAGAGUAGAGGCUAGACAUUACAUGACUAUCUAUCAAGAAGAACCUUCGCACGAUGAAGUUUUGUUAACCUUUGCCAAGUUAGAUUAUAAUAUAUUACAAAAGCUGCACCAGAAGGAACUGAGUGGAAUUUUUAAGUGGUGGAAGGAUUUAGACUUUGCCAACAAGCUGCCAUUUGCAAGAGACAGAGUGGUUGAGGGCUACUUUUGGAUAUUGGGAGUGUAUUUCGAGCCUGAAUACGAAUUGGCUAGAAGGCUUUUAACCAAAGUGUUUGCCAUCACUUCCAUUAUAGAUGACACCUAUGAUGCAUAUGGUACAGUUGACGAACUUGAGCUUUUUACGUCAGCAAUUGAGAGGUGGGAUAUCAGUGCCAUAGACCAACUGCCUGAUUACAUGCAAAUAAUUUAUGCAACGCUUCUUGAUGUUUACAAUGAAAUUGAAACAGAAAUGACCUCUAAAGGACAAUUAUAUCGCCUUCACUAUGCAAAAGAAGUGAUGAAGACUCUAGUAAGGAAUUACUUUAUUGAAGCCAAAUGGUGUCAUGAGAAUUAUGUACCUACUAUGGAUGAGUACAUGAGUGUUGCAUUGGUUACUGGUGCCUAUCAAAUGUUAACCACAACAUCUUCUGUGGGAAUGGGAGAUGUUGCAACCAUUGAAGCCUUUGAAUGGUUAGUCAGCAACCCUAAACUUUUAAGGGCUGCCUCAGUAAUUUGCAGACUCAUGGAUGACAUUGCCUCCCACAAGUUUGAACAAAAGAGAGGCCAUGUUGCCUCAGGCGUGGAGUGUUUCAUGAAACAGUAUGAUGCAAUCGAAGAAGAACCAUACAAUGAAUUUUGAAAACAAAUUACAGAUGUCUGGAAGGAUGUAAACGAAGAACUUCUCCGCCCAACAACCUUGCCAAUGCGACUUCUUGUACGAAUUCUUAAUUUUACAAGAGUGAUAGAUGUUAUAUACAAGGACGGUGAUGGCUACUCUGAUGCUCAAGUUUAUCUCAAGGGUUAUAUUACCUCUCUUUUUAUCGAUCCUGUGCUGAUAUAA